AUGGUUCGUUUCACCCCUUUUGUGUUGGUAGUUUUCCUUUUAAGUGCUCUUACAGAAGCUGGUGUUUUAUUAGAAGCUUAUGAUCAAUUGAGAUCUAUAAUCAAUCAAAAGACGUCCAAUUGUUCUGUUGAUUUUGAAGUUAUCUACGAGGUCAACAAUGGAUUCAGUAUUAUCAUUGGUGAUCAUUAUGGUAAUAUUGACAAUACAAUACAAGAAGUGAAUGCAGGUGUGGAUCAAUUCAUUAAGGGACAAGAAUAUUUCAAAUCACUUGCAAUAUUUUCCAGUCCUCAUGCAUUCAAUAUUUCAAGAUCAGACACCACUAGCCCCGUACUCAGAAAUCACAGAGAUGUUGCUGCGUAUAAUUCAACUUUUAUUGAUGGUAUACCUCCACUUUUUGAUAGCAAAAUUAAAUAA